AUGAGUACGGCAGUGCUUCUGACUCUCCUCGCGCUCCUGCAUCGCGGAGCUGCAGCGAACGUGAAGAACCUCCCCGAGAUCCUCCAGCAGGAGACAGCGGCGGGAGGGAAGGAAGUUACCGGGCAGAUAACACUGCACUGUCCGGCCCAGCCCGCCCCGUCCUGCCCGGCUCUGGACCAGCUCCUGUUGUACCUGAGCGCACAGGACAGCCUGGGGGAACAGCUGGGACAGCUGAAGAACAGGACAGACAGCCUGGAUGAACAGCUCCAACAACUUGCUCAGGAGCUGGCUGAAGUAAGUACUCCCUUUGAGGAAGUAGAAUUGAUGAAUGACUUUGGCCAAAGCUUACGAAACACAUUUGGAAUCAAGUCUCAGGUUGACGCUGACCUGAAUGCCACCGUGGAGGCUCUUCAGGCGACAGUCAGCAGUCAGGACAACAUCAUCCAGCAGCAGGCUGCAGCCUUACAGCAGCUGCAGGGAAAUCUGCAGCAAAUGGAGACAACCAAUCAGCAACAAGCGACUACCAAUCAGCAACAAGCUAGCAGCCUGCAGCAACUGGAGACGACCAAUCAGCAACAAGCCAGCAGCCUGCAGCAACUGGAGGCAACCCUGCAGCAGCAGGCCGCAACCUUGCAGCAGCAGGCCGCAACCUUACAGCAGCAAGACGCAACCCUGCAGCAACUAGAGGCCACCAAUCAGCAACAGGAAGCAACCUUGCAGGAACAAGGAGCAACUUUACUACAAUGCACCACAGAGCUGCAGCAGCUGGAAGACAAGGUGACUGGCCCUCAGACCUGCAUGGACCUACUCAACAGCGGCCACAACACGAGUGGAGUCUACACCAUCUAUCCAGCCGGAGAAGUCACAAGUCCCAUCCGCGUCUACUGUGACAUGGACACCGACGGGGGAGGGUGGACGGUGUUCCAGAGGCGGAAGGACGGUUCGGUAGAUUUCUUCCUGGACUGGCAGAACUACAAGGCGGGGUUCGGGGACUUGGGAGGAGAAUUCUGGCUUGGCAAUGACAACCUUCACCGCCUGACGGCACAGGGUGGGCACGAGCUGAGGGUGGACCUGGAAGACUUCGAGGGGAACUCGACCUUCGCCAAAUACAGCAACUUCGGUGUGGAGGACGAAGGGCACAAGUACAAGCUGACUGUGGGGGGAUACUCGGGAACUGCAGGUGAUAGCAUGGCCUUCCAUGCGUCGAUGUUCUUCACAACCAAGGACAGGGAUAAUGACGUGGGAAAUGCCAACUGUGCCCAGCGAUACAAGGGAGCCUGGUGGUACUAUAGCUGUCAUAGGGCCAACCUGAACGGCCUGUACCACGGUGGGGCUCACGAGUCUUACGCGGAUGGGGUGAACUGGAGAUACUGGAGGGGCAACCACUAUUCUCUCAAACACACUGAGAUGAAGAUCAGACCUCGUUAA